CAGGAAUGAUCGCAUCUUUCUGUGUAGUCGUACCAGAAGGAGAAGCUCGACAACACCAAUCGGACCUUGCUCUCAACAAUUGGACUGUGACAAAAUGGUCAGAAAACAUGGCCGUGCCCGUGAACUAGCGGACCUGGUUGAGCGACCAGUGAAAGACUAUGAUCCGGAGUCGAACGUGGUUCCCAGCGACGACGACCAGAGCGGCGACGAAAGCAGCGACAAUGAGCCUGUCGGAACCGAGCAUUAUGUCGCCGUCGGCAAGAGCAAACUUCGUCGUAACGAGCCCUUGAACCUAGGGCCUCAAUAUAGAGGAACGCGAGUGUCCCGCGAAGCCCUUGAAGCUGAAGACGACGGCGAACAUCUGGACGAGGACGAGGACGAGGAAGAAGAAGAAGAAGAAGCUGAAGAUGACGAUGACGAUGACAUCUCGUCCGACGACUACGAAGACGCUCGCGAACAGUUCGACGACCCCGACGCCGCUAAUCUCGAGGCUGACCAGCAGGGCCAAGAAGAUGAUGAAAUCGACAGUGACGCUAUUGUUGGCGAAGAAGACUGGGAAGAAUUUAAGAAAUUUGCCAACGCAAGAUCGAAGUCUACAUUUAAAGAGAACGGCCGUGCGAAACGACCUACGGCUGUUGAUUUCAUGAAAUCGGAUAGUGAGGACGAAGAUGAGGAGGAGGGAGAGGAGGAUGAGGAUGAAGAUAGUGGCGACGAGGAGGGGUCAUCAGACGACCUAAGAACUAGCGGCUUCAUUGACGACGAGGCGGAAGAAUCCGAUGAUGACGAACCUGGUUUCUCCGAUGAGGAGGAUGGAUUGUCAGACGACGGGAGCGCGGAUGACAGCGACGAUAGUGAUGGUGAAGAAGACGAGGACGAAGAAGAACAAAAUGACGGCCAGAAGAAAUUAAAGCGCUCAACUGACUCCGGAAUAGCAGCAUCAGUCAAGGAAAUGAUGGGCGAACAGAGUGUUGUCAAGUCACUGUUGAGAACUGUGGACGCAGAUGUGCAGAAAGGAAAGGCUGUGCAACGUCAACGGAAGGGUUUUGACACUCUACUCAACAUUCGUAUACGCUUGCAAAAGUCGAUUGUCGCUAUAAACUCCUUCAACUAUGUGGAUAAACCAGAAGAUCAGACGACAGAGCCCUACGAGGCAGCAGAGCGAUCCGCCCUACAACUCUGGAACGCCCUCGAUGACUUUCGCACAAGCAUUCACAAAGGAAAAAAGCGGAAACAUGCCGAAACAGACGAUGCAUCCAUCACAGCUCUGUGGGACAGGAUGGAGGUCCACGAGAAAUAUCAGUCCGCGCGGAGAAAACAAGUUUUAGAGAAGUGGUCUCGAGAUGCCAAAAAAACAAGUAUAACCGCUGGCUCUGGGAACAAAUUCACUCGCAACACGGAGAAGCCUCUUACGGCCAUGCUCAGUGCUGAGCUGGAUGCCCCGGAAAGACUCAUCAAACGCACGCGGACUCCUCGAUCAUGCGCGCCUUAUCACGUUGCCCAGAAAAUCAACGAGGACGAGUCGAUUUAUGAUGAUGCCGACUUUUACCAAUUGUUAUUGAAAGAGUUGGUCGACCAGCGGUCUGGUGAUGGCUCUGGAACUGGUCUGCAAGCCGCAACUGUUCGAUAUGCGGCAGCAAAAGAAGCUAAAGCCAAGCGACAUGUGGACACAAAAGCCAGCAAAGGUCGGAAAAUGCGUUUUGCGCCUCUUCCUAAACUGCAGAAUUUCAUGGCCCCUGAAGAUCGACGGGGCUGGGAGCAAGGCGCCAUCGAUAGGUUCUUCGGUACGCUCUUUGGUCAAAAAAUGGUCUUGAAUGAGGAAGAAGCAGAAUCCUCCGAUGAAGAGAUGGGUGGUGUUUCGGUGGAAGACCAAGGGCUGCGGCUCUUUAGAAAUUAGUUAAUAGAGCCCAUCCAUCGAUUGAGUAGUAUGUAGCAUGUUGAUUGUGUAGGAACGUUAGGAUCCGGAAAAGGAAACCAGCGCGGCCUGAGAUCGGCACUGAUCGACUGCUACGUACCAACCCACAAAUAGGACCACCCAUAGCAGAUGUUGACUUCGGUUCGUCAAUGAAUACGAGGUGGAGGCAUU